CUUCACACCCUCGGCGGCCCCGGCCCCUCUCCAGUCACCGGGCCGCGGCCGCCACUCGCUGCCCAGUGAGGCGGAGGACGAACUUUACGUAACCGCCCGGCGCCCCACGCCUGCCCACACAGUCACACCUGGGGCGCGCAGGCUCAGGCUUGGUAAGGAGACUCCACUCGUGAUGUUGCCUCGAGGGGUGCUGUGGCCGCGGCCCCACUGCGCCACCCUCUGCAGUUCAGUUACCGCCACUGAUAGUAGUCCGGUGUGUGCGAACUGGCCUGUCCGCUGCCCCAGGCCCUUGUAACCAAGGGCUUACCCUUGAGAGAAGACAGUCGGAAGUUUGGGCUGCGGCCAGGGCUCCGAGGCCAGGGCGCAGGCAGGGGCCCGGGGCUCAAAGGGCCGGGCUCCAUCUGGGCUCCACGCAUCUAGGGGGCCUCACCACGUCUGGGAUGAGUCCAAAAUGGGAGGCAGGAGCCUGGGCGCUAGGCAUGCUGACCCUGGACAAACUCUUCUCAAUGGGACGGCAGUACCCAUUUCAUCCAGUGGCUGGGAGGAUCCAGACAGCAGCAGACCCGGCGGGGCUGUGCAGACUCAAAUAUUGCACCCACCAGUCUCUACGUUGGCUUCGCCUUCCUGCUUCCCCUCAGGAACUCUAGGGGUGCUGGCCAACAUUGAACUUGUUUGCGGGUGAAGUGCUGGACCCACUGCCCCGACUUACCUCGGCUGGGGCUGACAACCUUGCCCCCUUCUUACAGAUAACGAAGCUGUGGCCCAGCGAGGGACAGUGAUGUAGCCAUCUUUGCAGAACAAGGUAGAUCUUCGUCAAGAGUUCUGCCCGCUGCCCUGGCUGGAGGUGGUCGUCUGGAGGCCCAUGUCGUGAGGCCAGGAGGCGCCUAGCUGCCAGCAUGCCGUGGGAUGCGCGGCGGCCUGGGGGAGGCGCGGACGGUGGACCCGAGGGCGUAGGCCCGGCGCGCUCACGGGCGCAGAAGCAGUGCCGCAAGUCAUCGUUCGCCUUCUACCAGGCCGUGCGUGACCUGCUGCCUGUGUGGCUGCUUGAGGACAUGCGAGCCAGCGAGGCCUUUCACUGGGACGAGCGCGGCCGCGCCACCGCCUACUCGCCGUCCGAGGCGUUGCUCUACGCGCUCGUGCACGAUCACCAGGCCUAUGCGCACUACCUACUGGCCACCUUCCCGCGCCGGGCACUCGCGCCGCCCUCUGCUGGCUUUCGCUGCUGCGCCGCGCCGGGGCCGCAUGUGGCGCUGGCCGUGCGAUACAACCGCGUGGGCGUGCUGCGUCGCAUCCUGCGCGCAGUGCGCGACUUCCCAGCUGAGGAGCGUGCUCGUCUGCUUGACCGGCGCGGCUGCAGCCGCGUGGAAGGCGGUGGCACUGCGCUGCACGUGGCCUGCGAGCUGGCGCGACCCGAAUGUCUCUUCCUGCUGCUGGGCCAUGGUGCCUCGCCAGGCCUGCGCAACGCCGAUGGCCUCACGCCGCUGGAGUUGCUGCUGCGCCAGCUGGGCCACGACUCCAGCGCCGGCACUGUUGCCGGGGCUCCGGGCGCCACCGGCCCCGGGGAACCGCGCCAGCGCCGCCUGCUGCUGCUGGACUUACUGGCGCUGUACACGCCUACGGGCGCUGCGGGUCCCACCCGCCGCGAGCUGUUGGGUGACCGGCUGCGCUGGCAGCGGCUGCUGGGUGAGGACAAGUUCCAGUGGCUGGCGGGCCUGGCGCCGCCCUCACUCUUUGCACGCGCCAUGCAGGUGCUGGUCACCGCCAUCUCUCCCGGCCGCUUCCCGGAGGCCCUGGACGAACUGCCGCUGCCACCUUUCCUGCAGCCGCUGGACCUCACGGGAAAGGGCUAGACCACGGGGUGCCCUGGGGCAGGCUUUGUGGGUAAAACUAUUUUUCUGAGCGUUGUACCCGGCACUUUACAUAGACUGAUUUCUGUGCAGCA